AUGCCUGCGCCUGCAACACGACACCCCUGCCUGUGGCAUGGCACCCCCGUGCUCCUGCUCCUCCUGCCCGCUCUCGCCACUGCCCUCGGCUGCGCCAACCUCCGCACCCAACAGAGCACCUUCAACUGGCACAGCCUCCAGCUCCUCAAAGACAUGGCUCCCAGCUCGCCUCCAUCCUGCGCCCAACACGACGAGCCUCUCCCCUUCCCCGACACCCUCCUGGCAAUCCACGACCCACAACAAGCCACCGCCGCCAUCCUCCGCACCCUCAACCACCUCUUCACCACUCUCAGCGAAGAAAACACCCCCGCGCACUGGCACAACAGAACCAAGCUCCUCAACCAGCUUCAGCAUCAAAUCCAACACCUCCAGCAAUGCCUCACAGCUGGCAGCAGGCAUUUCAAAAGCCAAGGGCCCCGCAACCUCAACAUCACCAGAUACUUCCACCACAUCCAGAAAUUCCUCCGCACCCACAACCACAGCCCCUGCGCCUGGGAAAACGUCCGCCUCAUAGCGCAGACUUGCUUCCAACACAUCCACAAGCUGACGCGGAGAAUGGCAGGCCACUCGGCUCCCUCCCUCCAAACCCAUCCUCCUCCAAACACUGUCCCCAAUGACAGCCAGAAGACACCAAGCCACGCGAGGCAUCUACAGCCAGCACUCGGAUUCAGCGGCACCACUCUGCCCUGCUUCCCUCCCCCACCCCACAACUAA